GUCAUCCUGACAGCCCAGUUCAAUAAAUAAAAUGAACGCACCAGUGUAAACGGGCGGAACGCUCGUUCAUUUUAAUGUUUCAAAAUAAAUGAGUAAAGAUAAUCUUCUGAAAAUAGUGUGAUAUUUAGCCUCUUAACAUAAAAUAAUUAAAAGUUUCUCUCGUAUCCUAAUUUUUAUGUGAAUAUAAGCGAAAAUGCAUCGACGCAGGGGUCCUAACUUUACAUAUGUCAGUAGCUGCGUUAAAUACAUGAUAUUCGUUUUGAAUUUCAUAUUCUGGUUAUUGGGCGGAUUGCUUGUUGGAGUCGGAUUGUAUGCAUUUAUCGACAAAUGGCAGGCCACGGGAUUGAUCAAGUUGGACACGAUCUACGACCUCAUGCUGAACAUCAGUCUGCUGAUAGCGCUUCUCGGUGGCGUUGUGUUCAUAGUGAGUUUCGCCGGGUGCCUCGGGGCGCUACGCGAGAACACAUGCCUUCUGAAAUUCUACUCUCUCUGCCUCUUAAUACUGUUCCUGGUGGAGAUGGGUGGGGCCGUAUGCGGGUUCGUGUUUCCACGUUCACUUCACGGGUUGCUCGAGCAGAGCUUCACCGAGCGUGUGGUGCAUGCGUACAGAGACGAUCCGGACUUGCAGAAUUUCAUUGAUUUCGCUCAGAGUGAUUUCCACUGCUGCGGCCUCACCUCGGCUGGCUAUAUGGACUGGUCCAAGAACGAGUACUUCAACUGUUCCUCGCCAUCAGUGGAGCGCUGCGGAGUGCCCUUCUCUUGUUGCAUAAACGCGACUGACAUAUCAUCCGGCCUCGUCAAUAUUAUGUGCGGCUACGGAGUGCAGAACUUCCCAGUGGCCGAGGCCAGCAAGCGGGUGUGGACGAGCGGCUGUAUAGAAAUAGUGCGGCUGUGGGCUGAACGCAACCUCUACACCAUCGCGUCCGUGGCCCUGGGCGUGGCGCUGUCGCAGCUGUUCGUCAUCUACCUCGCCAAGACGCUCGAGGGGCAGAUCGAGCUGCAGAAGGCUAGAUGGCAAACAUGAAACAGGGGUUCGGCAAGCGCCUACCGCGACGAGUGUCGCCGGGCGCUGCUGUAGCACACGACGCGCGACACAUCGCGUGCAACAUGUGUCCCGGACGGACACGACAGGCAACUUCACAUGUAAGACGAUUUUGUGGCGGUCUGGUUUGAAUACGGCGUAUUGAAUCUUACGUGUUUCUAAAAAAUACAUGGAUAUGAUUUAA